AGCCAGAUGGAAAGUGAAGAUGAAGCAAAAAACACAGAGAUUCAUUCAGCUAUUUAUGAUAACAACACAAGAACCAAAACUGCAUUUGUUGAAAAUUAUAGUACAAUGAAUGGGGAACCUGAGGAAGAGCAACCACAUCUUUCAUCCUUAUCUGAUGCCCAGAUGACGACAAAUACUGAAUUGGAUGUAAAUCGUAGUUCGAAGAAUAGGAAGAGUCUGAAAAACCAAACUUACAUGCAUACCCUAACUUUUGCUGAUAGCAAGAUACGGACAGAUACUGAAUUUAAUGAAAAUUGUUCGGAGGAUACUGAGAGUGAAAGAGAGCAAACAUAUAUUUCAGCAAUAAGUGAUAACCAGAUGCUGCCUUUUGCUGAGUUAAACGAAUCGAAUACUAGUUUGAUGGGUAAUAAAAUAGCUGAUGACAAAGUGACAAAUACUGAAUUCGAUGCUCCACCGACAUUGUCACAAGGUCUUGCAUUGGAUGGCAAACCGCUUCAAGUUACAGCUUCUAUUCUUCGCACAAUAGAAAUUUACGGAAAUUUUGUUAGAAGGCGAAUAAGGACAAGUGGAGGCUAUAUCAUAUUUCAUUGUGCUAUCAUAGGUAAAUUGAUUGUUUUCCUUGAAGAAAACAGAGAAAGGUUAAUAAUCCAUUACAGAGAAGGAAAGUACAAAAAAGAAAUGAAACUUCCUAAACAUUCAUGGGGUAUAUCAGUGAUAAACGACACCGAAUUUGCUAUUGCUGUCAAUAUCCCAAAAUACAGAUCUUAUAUAAUGAUAUACAAUAUCAAAACAGGUGAACUUAAGGAAAAAGUUGAAAUCAGUGGAGAAAUCAUUGGAAUGUCAUAUCAAGACGAGCUAAUGUACGUUGUUAUUGAAAAGAAGAAGGUCGAGGUAAUAAAUCCUUCAGGUGAGCUAAUCCGAACAUUUGCUUGUCCAUCGGCAUAUGUCUGGUGCAUUGCAACUCUUACAGACAGACUAUUCCUUACUGAUCCAUCGAAAAAUGAACUAUACUGUUGUGACUUGUAUGGACAAUUCAUAUGGAAGUUUACAAAUGAUCAAAUGCAAUUGCCGAGAGGAAUAACAACUGAUGGUAACGGUAAUGUGUAUGUGACUUGUCAACAUUCCAGCAAUGUUAUAGUUGUAUUACCUGAUGGUAUUACUCAUAUAGAACUACUUUCGUGGAAAAAUCAAAAUAUGUUGGUGUAUGCUAAAGGCAUUCAUUACGACAAAUUAAACGAUUGCCUGUUAGUAAGUAAUGCGGUAAAUAAUAAGGCAUAUCUUUAUGAUAUAAAACAUCUUAUGCAAGGUCAACCGAGUUUAUAACGUUUGCUUGUAACAAUAUAGAAAAAUAAUAAUGCAUUUCUUUAUGAUACAUAUUAUAAUUAACCUAAGGAUAAUACAAUAUUCAAGCCUGCACUGUCCACAAUAUGGAAUGAUAAUGCAUUUCGUAAUGAUUUACAACAUUAUAUCAAAAGUUGAUUAAGUUUGUAAUGUCUGUUUGUUACAAUAUAGAAUGGCAAUGCAUUUCUUUACGAUAUGAAACAUUCUACGGUCACAUUGUGUUUUUGUUACUUGUAUUUGUAUUAUGUGUAUCCAUCAGCUGGGUAAAUCGUCUCCGAACUGAUUUCUAUAGUUAGUUUAAUCGUUGUACUGUUACACCACAGUUCCAGGUUAGGGGAGGGUUUGAAUCUUGCUUACAUGUUCAACCCGGUCACAUUCUGUAUGUUUGCGUCUGUCCAAAAUCGUGAGACUGUAAUUUAGUGGUUAUCGUUUCAUGCUUUUUUUACAAAUGAGUAGGUUUUGGCCUGAAGUUCAGGUUCAUAUGCCGAACGAUUUUGACCCCUUUUUAAACACUUCAGAGUCUAUUUCAAUUGAAUCAAUUAGUUUAAGUGAACGAUUUUAACUGAUUUAGUCAUUAAAAUCGAUCCGAUUCAAGCUCAAAUAUGACAAAUCUUCCAAAUAUGUCGAAAAAUGUCACUUUUCAGAUGUGUUUUGUCAGAAUGAAAGUUGCCGCAUCCGUGUUCAUCCUCAAACUUUAUAUAUGGUAUGUAUUAUCAUAAAAUACAACUCAAAAAUCAAUAUUAAGGAUGAACACGAAUGCAGUAACUUUCGUUUAACACGAAAAACGUCUAAAUUUAACUAAAAUGUUAGAAUUGUGAAGAUUUCAGUAAUUUAGCAUGACAAAAUGGUACUUGUACCAGAUAAAUGUGCAUUGUAUUGUCAAAAACACCUCAUAUUUAUGUAGCAGAAGCUUUCUUCUGUCCAAUAAAUAACUAAAAGUUUACAUUUUAACAAUUAUGUAAAACUGCUAUAUUUUGGGGUCAAAAAGGGGUCUUACCGAACCUACUCCUUUGUUCCUCGUUCAUUGUUAAUUAUAUUAAUGAGGAGUUAUUUUUCGUUUUACACUUUUAGGGGUCUUUUAAAGAUGAGUAUGUGGUAUGGGCUUUGCUCAUUGUUGAUGGUCGUAUGAUGACAUGUUGUUUAUUUCUGUGUCAUUUUGGUCUCUAGUGGAAAGUUGUCGUAUUGGCAAUAAUACUACAUGUUCUUUUUAUAUUAAUGAUCAAUUAGGUUUGUAAAGUCUGCUUGUUACAUUAUAGAAUAGUAGUGCAUUUAUCCAUGAUAUAAAGCAUUAUAUCAAAUGACAAUAGUUUGUUUACUCUGCACUGUUUUCAAUAAAACAUUGUACCAAAAGGCAAUAAAGUGUAUAAAAUCUGCACUGUUAUAAUAUUGAUAAGCAAUGAAAAUUGCUAACAUCAAAUAUUAUAUGUGUUAAAUUAUCUCAAAUUUUGUAAGUAGUUAGUUUAAACAUAUUUAUUUAUAGUGGAUUGGAAAACAAGUUUUGCAACUUAUAUUAAUCACUUUCCACUUUCCACUUUGCGGGUGCGAGUGCGGCCUUAGCCUGCUCUUUUCGAAAUCUACAAGGGUGUCUUUAACGUGCAAGAGAUAUGGCUCUCUCUUAACACGGGUCAGUCAUUUGUCGUCCCCUUCCGACAGACUAUUAUCGAGACCAUACUCGCAAUUGUUGUCAAGGGAGAGCCGAAAAUUCAGUUUCUGAAAUGUUCAUCACAGACGGGAAUCGAACCAGAAACCUUUUUGUUAGUAUCCGAUGCAUCUACCACUACACCAAAGCUCGGAGUGGUAAAUAUGUAAACCGUAUUUAAACAAGAAUAUAUGUUAACUGUAUAUAAGUAAUAAUUAAGAUUAUAAAUGUCGUUUUACAUUUAGGCUGUUGAAUGUUACCUUUAAUAUCACUACACCACAGCUCUGAGUGGUAAAUAUGUAAACCGUAUUUAAACAAGAAUAUAUGUUAACUGUAUAUAAGUUAUAAUUAAGAUUAUAAAUAUCGUUUUACAUUUAAGCUGUUGAAUGUUACCUUU